GAGCCCUGCGGAGCCGCUCCGCCACCGGUGACGGGUCUGCGGCCGGGGGUCUCACCGGGUUCUCACCGCGGUGCCCACCUGGCCCCACCGCCCCCGUCCAAGGGACUACGCGCCCCAGAGCCCCCCGCGGCCACGCGGCGUUGCGGGGUACUGUGGGACUUGUAGUCCUUUCGUGCGCUCAGCCCCACCCCGAGCAGCGGCCGCCGCCGCCCCCGCGCACUACAUCUUCCGUCGGGCAUCGCGGCGCGCCGGCGGGCCGCCGGUGGAGACAUUUGCCAGGCGAGUGUCUCCAAGAUGGCGGCGUGGGGAAGGAGGCGCGCGGGCCCCGGCGGCACCAACAGCGGCGGCGGCCGGGACAGGGUGACCUUGUCCUCCACGGACUGUUACAUUGUGCACGAGAUCUACAACGGGGAGAACGCUCAGGACCAGUUUGAGUACGAGCUGGAGCAGGCGCUGGAGGCGCAGUACAAGUACAUCGUGAUCGAGCCCACGCGCAUCGGGGACGAGACGGCGCGCUGGAUCACCGUGGGGAACUGCCUGCACAAAACGGCCGUGCUGGCGGGCACCACCUGCCUCUUCACCCCCCUGGCACUGCCAGUAGAUUAUUCUCACUACAUCUCCCUGCCCGCUGGAGUGCUGAGCGUGGCCUGCUGCACCCUCUAUGGGAUCUCUUGGCAGUUCGAUCCCUGCUGCAAGUACCAGGUGGAGUACGACGCCUAUAAACUCUCGCGCCUGCCCCUGCAUACGCUCACCUCGUCCACUCCCGUGGUGCUGGUGAGGAAGGACGACCUGCACAGAAAGAGACUGCACAACACGAUAGCACUCGCUGCCCUGGUGUACUGUGUAAAGAAGAUCUAUGAACUCUACGCUGUAUGACUUCAGCAGGGAAGAGAGAAACCCACAAAGACAAGUGUAUUAAGACUCCCACAGUAACAUUUUUGUUUUUCCUCUUUGAGAAGCAGUGGAGACUGGGAAGGAUUUGGUUUCAUAGAGCUGUUAUUUUUCAAAUAACACAUCACUGGUGCACCAAGGUUUUUCAGUUCUUCGUUACACUUGAGAUGUGGAUGUGUGGUGACUUGAGAUCCGUAUGUUAGGCCAGGGGAGUCCAAUCCAGCAGCAGAAUGUCAAUGAAAGAAAGCAAUCGAAAGAAGGGGUGUGAGAGCUGCUUUUUUUUUUUCUGUUUUUUCCUUUUUUUUUGGGAAACAUUUAAGUAUAUUGUUUAAUUGUAUUACACAGAACCAGCCAGAAGUUAUCAUUGACCAUUAAAGGAUGAGAAUUUGAAA